ACAAUCUGCGCAUAUUUUUUUUUCUUUUGGCACCUUUGGACAGCGAAUUGGGAUCAAGUGCUUGUGAUUUGUCCUUAAAUUUUUCACUGGGCAGAUGCAUAUUGUGAGUCAGGCCGAAAUUAAGCUCCUCCGAACUGCUAUCUCGAUCUCCAGCUGAUCAGUGUCCCGAUUAAGUUAAGCAGUCCUUACGAUUAUAUAUGUCCAUCAUCACGUACCUAAAUCACAAUUGUCAGGGGAGGGGAAGAUCCCAAUCCUUACGCUUAAUUGCUGCUCCAUGAAGCAAGCCAAUCCACCCGCUAAUCAAGGGAAAGAUAGCCCCCUUCACCUCCAUUGCCCUGCACAUCAAGAACUGAACCAGUAGAAGCAUGCAACCCAUGGCGCCGCACCACGCCCUCCUCGUCGUCGCCCUCCUCGUGACCGCCGCGCCGUCGGUGCACGGCCAGGCCGCGUCAGCGCCGGCCCCGGCGCCGGCGCCCCCGAAGACCAUCACGGCGGUGCUGACCAAGGCCGGGCAGUUCACCAAGUUCCUCCAGCUGCUGCAGUCCACGCAGGAGGCGGAGCAGAUCACCAACCAGCUCAAGGGCAAGUCAUCCACCGGCGGGCUCACCGUCUUCGCGCCGCCCGACAACGCCUUCUCUGCGCUCCCCGCCGGCACGCUCAACUCCCUCACCGACCAGCAGAAGACGUCGCUGGUGCAGUUCCACGUCGUCGCGCCGCUGCUGCCCAUGGCGCAGCUCGACACCGUCAGCAACCCGCUGCGCACGCAGGCCGGGGACACUGGCCGGGGCAAGUACCCUCUCAACAUCACGUCGGACGGGGCGCAGCAGGUCAACGUGUCCACGGGUGUGGUCAACGCCACGGUGGACAGCACGCUCUACUCCGGCGACAGGCUCGUAGUGUACCAGGUCAGCAAGGUGCUGCUGCCGUGGGCGCUCUACGGGCCGCCCGUGCCCGCUCCGGCGCCCUCCCCCGCGGAUCGCAAGAAGAAGAAGGCCGGGCCGGCGGCGGUGGCGGAUGCACCGGCGGCUGACACUGCGGCGGGGACGACGGCGUCGGAGGCCGCGAGGGGAAUCCGGGGCGUCGGAGGUGGUUCCUGCGUGGCGGUCAUCGUGGCAGCUAUGUGGUGGGGCAUGUAACAGCAAUAAAAAUGCAUGCGCGUGCGGUCAUCGAUUUUCUUUUUAAUUAAUAUGUUGUUUUUCCCUUUUGGUUUUUUCUUUCUAUUUUGUAUCGUGGAUCGAUGUAUUUGGUGGCGUUUUGUAAUGGUUAUGUUACACUUUCAAAUUGGUAACGAGUACACCUGUACUAGCUAGUUUACCCAUA